CCCCGUUUCGUCCUCCAGAGCCCUCCGGCCGUCGGUGGGUGUUGACCGUACUGAACUUAAAAUCAGUUUCAGAUGUCCGAUUUGCAGACAACCGUAUCCGGGACGUGCUGGCGUUGUGGCCUCCCCGGAUCGAUCUGGCUGACUAGGGGACCGUCGACUCGAAGCUGUUACCGUUGUGGCCUGUGGGACACACUGGAGGUUUGUGACUGCAUCGAGGGUAGGGAAGAUACCCCGUGGCCACGUCGGAUGCUGACGAGCGAAGAGCUUGCUCUUCGAGCAUGCCCGAGAUGCUCCACCGAUUCGCAGCACCUCCACUUGGAUGGAGAAAUACUGCAUAGAGGCCAUUCUGGGGGAAGGCGGCUUUGGCCGCGUUUUCAGUGCCAGGGAACGUGGUCAGGAGGGCCAACGCCGUGCCAUCAAAGAGGUCCACCUGGAUCCCCUAGCCGCCAGGGAGGCAGAAUUCAUGGGCCUCUUUGACCACUGCAACAUAAUACCGCUCAUCGAGACGUUGGUGGAGCCCCCUCACUUAUACCUGGUCUUGCCGUUAUGUGAGGAGGAUUUGGGGACCUUCCUCGUCCGCAAGGGUCCGAGGAGGGGCCCCUCAUCCUUCUUCCGGGUGGUCCGCCAGAUCGCCGUGGGCCUCGCCGAAUGCCACCGGCACGGCGUGGUCCACCGCGAUCUGAAACCCGGUAACGUGCUAAGACGGGGGGCUCGGUUCAUGCUAGCUGACUUCGGAGUGGCCGAGCAAAUUACACCGUGCCGACCACUCCUGACAGAGUUGGCUGGCACUCCAGUGUACUGGAGCCCGGAACAACACCGCCGGGAACCGUACAACACCGCGGUGGAUCUAUGGGCCUUAGGGCUCGUGGCCAUGGACGUGGCCACGGGCCGGCCCUGCCGAAUCGACGGACAGGCUACGGAGCACUGGGCCUCCUCCCCAGGCGAAGAACGCCAGAGGGAGUUGGCCCAGCUGCACCCGUCCGUGGUCUGGUUCGUCGAAGGGCUGUUGAUGGACGAGCCGUCCCUCCGCCGCUCCGCCGACCAGUGGGAGUGGCCGGCCGUCCAUCUGUCCACCGUGGUGGACCUGGAGACAACCCCAGCACCACCGUCCGAUGGUCCGUGGGUCGUCCGCCUGCCACCGGACCUGGCACACCGAUUGGAUACCGCACCGCAACCCCCAGAAUGGACCCGGAGCCUAAAGCGGAAAGUGAGGGCGCUCCUGCCGGGAAGCAGGGGCGGUCCGCGAGCCCGACACCGCUUUAGGUUCCCGUCCGGCUCCGUCCGCCGAAUCUGGGUGCCGCCAGAAACGGACCAGACAAGAGCAGGAACCGACCGUUGAGGCCACGACUUGUCCUCCAUCCGACACCAUGGCUGACGACAACAUGGAGGUGGAGAUCCUGGAACGCCUCGAUAAGGAGCUGGGAUUUGUGGACCCCGAGGAGGUGGACAUACCCGAG